CAGCAGUGUGGCGGCUGGAGAGGGGGGGCCCUAGCGGACGGACUCCUUUAGAAACACGUACACACACACACACACAGCCUGACUGCCUCCCACAGCAACGCACUCUCUCCCGUCAAAAGUACUUUUCAGCAGUGACGCUACUACGCAAGAAGAGAGGUCGAGCGAGCCGACUUUUUUUUUUUUUAAAAAGGGAAAGUCCUACGAAAGACGAGCGCCAUAACAAUCAGUGAGCGUGAAGAAGGAAUAGCUUAGCAACAGAGUCCCACUUCCUGUUUUACACUAGCAACAAUUCCAGACAACCCAUCCUUGAGGAGCAGUGUGCGCACAGACGGUGUAGGACGCAGCAAACAGGUGGUAAAGGAUUCAAGCCCUUAACACCAUGGAUAUGGACACUCAACCACAAGGACAGCAAGCUGCCGUGCCAGUGUUUCAGCCCCAGAAACCUCUGCAGCCAGACCACCAUUCACUCGCUAACUUUCAGAUAGAGAAGAAAAUAGGCCGGGGACAAUUCAGUGAGGUUUAUCGGGCGAGGUAUCUGGUAGACAACACAUCUGUGGCCCUGAAGAAAGUCCAGAUAUUUGACUUGAUGGAUGACAAAGCUCGGCAAGAUUGCAUCAAAGAGAUAGAUCUCCUUAAGCAACUGAACCAUCCAAAUGUGAUAAAGUAUCAUGCGUCUUUUAUUGAGGACAAUGAGCUAAACAUAGUACUGGAGCUAGCUGAUGCCGGAGACCUCUCACGUAUGAUCAAGCACUUUAAGAAGCAGAGGAGGCUUAUCCCUGAAAGAACUGUGUGGAAGUACUUUGUCCAGCUUUGCAGCGCGCUCGAGCACAUGCACUCCCGGAGAGUCAUGCACAGAGAUAUCAAGCCAGCCAACGUAUUCAUCACAGCUACGGGAGUAGUGAAGUUAGGAGAUCUUGGACUCGGACGCUUCUUCAGCUCCAAAACCACCGCUGCUCACUCUCUUGUGGGUACUCCGUACUACAUGUCACCGGAGAGGAUACAUGAAAAUGGAUACAACUUCAAGUCAGACAUCUGGUCACUAGGAUGCCUUCUCUAUGAGAUGGCAGCCCUACAGAGUCCAUUCUAUGGGGAUAAGAUGAACCUCUACUCCCUUUGUAAGAAGAUAGAACAGUGCGACUACCCUCCUCUUCCCUCAGAUCACUAUUCAGAGGAGCUGAGGAACUUGGUAGAUAUGUGCAUCAACCCCGACCCGGAGAAGAGGCCGGACAUCACCUACGUGUACGACAUCGCCAAACACAUGCAGAACCUGAUGCAGGGCAGCUAAGGCCGGAACUGCACAAACUAUAGCUUGUACAACACAACUCAAUUUCCAUGCUGGACGUGUACACAUCUAUCUGCUUCUAUGCAAUUACUUAGUCCAGAGCUCAUUGUGAUAAGCGGGACAGCAUUUGUAACAUGGUUUUUGGAGAUCUAAACGUGAGUGGCAGACUAAAUCCUUUCGGCUCAAGGGAAACAUUGCCCCGAGAACUCUCUCAAUUGUAAAUGACUGUUUAUAUUGGCGCUCUAAUACUUUACGUCUUUUUUUCAUGUAGAGCCCCACACUGUUUACAUGUAAUUCCGUCGCGCAGGUUAUACUUACGUAACCCUGCACAAAAAAAAGAGUGAAUAAUUGUGUAAAGGUUUGUUUGCGAUGAUGGCACAACUGAAAGAAGUUAGAAGGUGGAAGUGUUAUGUUGCACUUUUUACCCUGGCGCUAAGGCUUGGCAGGGUAGUCAUGUCAAAUGAAUGUACAUGUAUUAGGAAAGCAGUCGUUCAGAGGGUCGAGUAGUAAUGUGCAGGGGAUAGGAGGAGUGCAUGGGCAAAUGUCUUCACAACACAUUGAAUGUUUGCAUGUGUUGUCUUUGAAAAGUCAGCAUGUCUCUUUUUGACAGCCUUGAAGGAGUAGUAUGACACAAAAAGCAAAAAAAAAAAAAAAAAAUCCAUCUUGGUUCAGUUUGGACAUCAUAUUUGUUAACAACAGUAAAUCUCAAUGGGGAAAAUACAUGUGAGCCACAUGGAAGUUGGUCUAUAUUGCUAAAAUAUUGUGAUUGCUAACAUUGCUGUGUAAGUUUGCCGUGUGUUCCUUGUGAGGGGAUCAAAUGUCUAAGAGACAGAUGAUUCUUACAUUAUGUGUUCUAUAUAUAUAUAUAUAUAUAUAUAUAUAUAUAUAUAUAUAUAAAAUGUUAUGCAGAUUAUUUGCAAAACCCAUACCGAACAAGUCCUGGUGAAGCACGCCACAGACAUGGCAGCCAUUCUGCACUGAAAACACUAUGUUUUACCAUAUUAUUUUAUAAGAUCCAUGAAUACAAUCCAUAUGCAGGUUAUUUACUUUACAGAGGACCUACAAAUUUCUCAUGGGAACAGAUUGAGCCACUUUGUAAAUCGUGGGGUCAUCUUCCUGAUUUCUGUUCUCAUUUAACAUACCAAAGUGUUACUUGUAUGUUUUAGCAACAAGUAAAUAUAUCAAAUAGGUUUACAACAGUGUGUCACAGCACUGACAAUCAUCUGCCUGCAUUGCGGUGCUACCACAUGGAAGGCGUAGGUUAUAUACAGUCAUGGUGACACUUUAUUUGCUUUUACAUGAGUUGUCUUUUAGCAUUAUCAGAGAGCCUAAUUGGAUUAGUUGCAAGCAUACUGCAAUUUGUCGUGUUUCAUUACCAUCAAAUACAUCAGACAGCAGAGAUGUUAUUUUUCUAUGGGUAACGUAAUAUUUUGGUUUCAUUUUUGUCCCAGUUUCUGUUCACAACCAAUCUUUUUUUUUUCCCCUCCCAUCAUUAUAAACACUCAAUAUCAGUGAUUGCAUUAGGUUUUUUUUUUUGUAUUUCAUCCACAAUGCUACUGCGCCUAAACAUUCAGUAUUGUUUGUAAUUUCAAAAUUCUUUCUACUAAGCGAUAUUUUGAUAAGCAUGUUUUUUUUAAUACCAUGUAGAAGUCCUUCAACAAACACAAGCAGAAUAGCACACAGCGGCACCUCGGUUUUCGUCAUUAAUUUGUUCCUAAAGUUUCUACCGCAAAGAGUGCAUUUGGAAUACAGGAAGUGAACAAAUGUAUUGCAAUUGAUGUGAAACGGGUGGGGGGUAGGAUUAAAUAAGCUUUGCUUCUUCCUACUCCUUUUUGGACAUGUAGAAUUGUACUACGUGAUGUAUUCCAAUGGAACUUGUAUGCAAGUUCAAAAUAAAUGAAACCAUAAAGUUGAAAGUUAAAGUUUCCCAAAAAGUUGAAGUGGAAAACUGAAAACAGAGGGAAUUUUUUCCAUAUGAAAUAAUGGAAAUCCAAUUAAUCCGUUCCAGACAACAAAAAAUACAUUUUAUAGGGAAUCAUUUUUGUUUUACAUGCCAAAAAAAUAUGAAAUAAUUCAAAUUAUAUAUAUUAUACAGUAGUGUAUGAAAAACAAAAUAUGUGAAAACCGAGGUUUGACUGUAUUUUUCUUUUUCUUUUUAAGUGGGGAAAAAAGACCUCAUAACUGAAACAACUAUUAGCUUUAAGCAUGUUUACAGCGCCAAAGCAUCAUUGGCACUCAUAACCUCCAGAAUGGAUGUAUCCCAUAUUAAAAAUGGUUGUUCUUUUUAUGUGCAAAAUACAUUGUAGUUGAAACUUGUUGUCUCUAAAGUAAAAUGCAUAUAUCUAACUUUUUCCAUUGUCCUUGUCCUGAAACUCACUGAUUUUUAACAUGAAAUAUGCUGUUCACUCGUAUUGUUUUGCCUGAAGUUGCGUGCGCGCGUUGAGUAUUAUGUUUUGUGUUUGUGCACAGACAAUUAGAUCUAGGUCGUUUGUAAGUCCUCACAAGGGGCUUGUUAAACAUACACAGUACUGGGGAUUGUGGUGGCUCUUAUUAGGGUAAAUUUCUUAUCGUCAUGCAAAGUAUCACAAGGCUGUACCGUGCCCCAUUAUUUUACCUUGACUCGGUUACAUUUUCCAAAGGCCAUCGAAAGUGUGUCAUCGCAGAGUCGAGGGGUUUUCCCAAAAGUAAAAUUACAGGCACUAGAGGUGUUAUUUAUGGUUUGGCUCGUGGUUGUUUUGGUUUCAUCUCACACUAAAGGGUGUGGGCCAUGCCAUGUAUUGUAGCUAAAUGCAAUAAAGCUCUGCCAUGUCUUCUAUUAGAGCUCAUGCCUGAAUUUCUAUUCUCAUUCGCAUCCCAUCCAAUUACUUAAAUAAAUGUGUUCACAUGUUGAGUGUACACUUCUUUUUCUUUUUGCUACCACAAUACAGUCAUGGUACAACAAACCUGUGCAGUAUUUGCACCAGAUUGUGACACCGCAUAUGCACGCACGCACACACCACGCGCACAAACUGCCCUGAUUUUGCCAACACUGACCUACAUAUACCUAAACAAGAAUGUAGUUUUGUUCACAUUUUGGGCAGUUCAGCAAAUGUUGGUAUUGCACUUGUUUUUUUUUUAUAGUCUGUGUUAUUAUAUUUAGUCAAAUGUGCUGCAUGUCUGAUCUGGGGAAACAGCAGAGAGA